GCGAAGCGCCGCAGAACCUGCUGUGGGAGGCCCGGGAGGCUCUGUUGAUCAUGCUCCAGGGCCUGAAGCAGCGGAACGUGGAGCCCAAGCCUUCGGCGCUCUGCAGCCUGCUGGACUCCGCGGCCCUGCUGUCGGUGAGGGACACGCAAUGGUUCUACCUGUGCCAGAAGCUUUUGGCUCACCAACCAAUUCUGGCAAAGCGGUCUCUAGGCUCCCCAGAGAGCCUUGGGGAAUCCUUCGAUGAGGCAGACCUUGCCAAAGCCACGCUCGCGCUUGCGCGCCUGUCCUUCCCGCAGCUCAUCGACGCUGGCUCGAUGUUCUCCAGGGCGGCCGCGGUGAGAUCGCCGCAGGCGGCCUCCGCAGUUCUGGAGGCAGCAGCGAUCUUCGCGUUGACGGAGCGCAAGCCGCAGGACCUCUCGGCGGCGAAGCUGUCCCCCUUGGUGCUGGCAGUGGACGGCGGUUUGAGGACCCAGGAUGAGAAAGAGGCGGAGACCCUGCCGCGCCUCUUUCCCUUCUCUGGGAUCCUGGCAGCCCAGGCGGCCGACCCGGAGGUCCUCGCCCGCUGGCGAUCCGCGGUAUCCACGGCCACAGCCAUGGCUGCAGCCUCCCGCGGGGCUUCGCCGCAUUUCCAGGACUUGGUGCUUCAGGAGCUGUCGACUUGGGAGGUGGGAUUGGAGACUGAUGUUGUUGUGGGGCCAAUGACGGUGCCUUUCGCCCUGAGCCUCGUGGAGCUUGCCUCCUUUGUAAGGCGGCAAAGGACGGCAGAUUCCGACUCUGACAUGGAGGAUGGCUCUGCUCCGGAGGCUGAGGCCAAGUCGACCUUGCAAGCCAAGAGGCUGGCUCGUCGGAAGCGGCAGGCAGCUGCCCCCAGGAAGCAGGACACUUUCAUUGCCGAAGACGAGAUUUCGCUGGCGAGCUUGAGCUCAGAAGCAAGGCCUGAGACCCACAUUCUGAUUGACCUGCUGACGGAUGUCGACUUCUACCACGCUUCUCCCUCGCAGGGAGAACGCCGAACCGGGCGGCAGCUCUCUUCCGAGAGGCGGGCGGAGCUUCAGCUCUUGCGACGUUUGGGCUGGCAUGUGGUGUGCGUGCCCGAGCAUAGCUGGCAACUCCAUGGCGACUCGGAGGCUGCCGAGGCCAAUCGGGAGAUGAUCUUCAAAUUGGCCGGAGCCAUCCCCGAGCUCGGGGCCCUGCUGCCGCUGGGCCCAUCUCCGAGGGCCGAAGAGGUGGACGAGGCGAUCAGCCCAUUCUUCGGGCGCUGGAGGUUGAGGCCAAGGUUCUCCACCCACCUGCUGGAUCUUCUGGGGAAGCGCCAUCUGCCAGACGUGGCGAAGCAGGUUCUGGAGUGCAUGUGGAAAUGGAGGCUGGAGAUCAGCUUUUUCGACUGCAGCGCGGUGGUUGCUGCAUACGACAAAGCGGGCAGAUGGGAGAUGGCGUUGGUGACCUUGCACCGGGUGCAACAGUUUGGCCAAAAGAAUGUCGCCUGCUUCAACGCAGCGAUCUCUGCAUGUGACAAGGGGAAGCAAUGGCGACAUGCGGUGUGCCUGCUGACGGAUCUGCAAGAGGCCCCCAAUGCCAUCAGCGUGGGCUCUGCGAUCUCGGCCUGCGGGAAAGCCGUUCGCUGGGAGACCUCCGUCCUUCUGCUGUCAACCCCCGCGACGUCUCUCUUGCUGGACGGGGUCUGCUGGAACGGGGCGAUCAGCGCCUGCGAAAAGGCCAGCCUCGCGCAGGCGGCGGCGCGCCUCCUGCGCGGCAUGGGCCACGCCGGAAUCCGCCCGGAUACCAUCAGCUACAACGCGGUGUGCACCUCCUUCGCCAAUCGGGGGCUUUGGAGGCACUCCCUCCACUGCCUCCAACGGGUGCUGACUUUGCUGAAGCCCAGCAUUGUGAGCUUUAACAGUUGCAUCGCUGCCUGCAGCACUGCUUGGCGUGUAGCAGCGGGCCUCUUUGGCAGCAUAAGGGCCGCGCAGCUGAGCCCCACGCUGGUCAGCCGCUCGAGCCUCGCGGCGGCCGUGGGCUCCCGCUGGCGUCGGUCGCUGGCGGUGGCUGCGGAAGAUGCGGCGGGCCAGGAGCCGGCCACGCGCUCGGCGGCCAUCAGCGCCUGCACCGGGAGGUGGAGGGCGGCUGUGGCGCUCCUCGCGGGCUUCAGAGCCGUCGCGCUGCGACUGGACCUCUUGGCCUUCGGCGCACUGAUGGCCGCGACCAUGGCCUGGGAGCGCCACGUCACUCUGCUGCGCCUCGGACGGAGUCAAGCCCGUGGCUCGGACUCGUCCCAAGCUGGCAGUGCACUGUCAGCAAGUCCCAGCCCCAGCAAGCCCGCGCGUGCACGCGCCCGCGCCCGCGUGCGCGCGCGCGCGGCGUGCGCGCGGCACGUGCGGCACCGGUCUAGUCGGCUCACGGCUCGAGCCGGCGGAGCGUGA